UUUAUUUUAUGUAUGUUAAAAAUAUUUAAUCCAUACAAAAGUUUUAGGCGUUUGCGUUAUUAGGAUUCGAAUAUAAAUAUAUAAUUAAGUACGUAAAACAGUACAGGUUCCGAGUGCUACCGACAGAUGGCACUGGUAGUCCCCCGCGCGAAAGGUCCACAGGUUUCGAGACGUUUCGUUACGCUUCGAGAUGAUUCUCGCUAGAAUGCGCAGGCCUAUAAAAGGGGCGGUCGGCUACGGCAGUUGCAGUUGAGUGCAUGAGCGCAAAGCAAGUGAAAUCGGAAGCAAGACCGCGAUACGUGAAAACGAUUCGGAAGUGAAACUACGGUGUUAUACGGACUGUGUGUAAGAUAUCAAACACUUGUUUUACGUAUUUAUUUGUGUUGUUUGUUUUCAUUGAAAAUGGAUAAAUUUCUGAAAAGAUCAUCAGAACUAUCAACGUCUAGCGGGAGUAGUGGAAUAAAGAAAAAACGUCUUUAUGACGAGAAUUAUUUGAAAUUUGGGUUUACUGUGAUUGACAAUAAACCGCAGUGCGUAAUUUGCUUUGAAAUUUUGUCAAGAGAAAGCAUGAAGCCAUCGAAGUUGGUACGCCACCUAAACACAAAACAUCCUAAUGAAAAAAAUAAACCCGUGGAAUUUUUUGAGCGAAAAUUAAAAGCUCUUGAACAUCAAAAAACUGCUAUAGGACAAAUGUCCAACCUAAAUGAGAAAGCGUUGCUUGCUAGUUAUCGAGUAGCUUUUCGUGUGGCUAAAGCAGGAAAACCUCACACUAUCGCCGAAAAUUUGAUUUUACCAGCGGCUUUAGAUAUAGCAGAGAUUAUGUUUGGCAAGCAAGAGAUCGAAAAGCUCAAAAGUAUACCUCUCUCUGACAAUACUAUUCAACGCCGGAUAAGCAAUAUGGCGACUGAUGUUCGUGAUCAAGUCAUAGAAAAAAUAAAGAAAAGUUCUUUUGUGUCCUUGCAAUUUGAUGAAUCAACGGAUAUUGCGGGUUGUGCGCAGUUUGUAGCUUUUGUGCGUUUUGAAUCCAAUGAAAAAUUAAUUGAAGAAAUACUAUUUUGCAAGACACUUCCCACAAAUACUACAGGUCAAUGCUUGCAUGACAUAUUCAUUGAAGCUACGCAAGAUAUGAAUAUCGAUUGGGCACAAAAAUGCAUUGCUAUUUGUAGUGACGGAGCAAAAGCCAUGACUGGUGCGAAGAGUGGAUUUAUUGCUAGACUGAAAGAACAGAUGCCAAACGCUUGUUGGAUGCACUGCUUUCUCCAUCGCCAAGCUCUUGCAGCCAAAACCUUGCCACAAGAAUACAGUCAAGUUCUACAUAUUAUUAUUAGUAUUGUAAAUUCUAUUAAAGGAAAAGCGUUGCAGACUCGAUUGUUUCGACUCAUUUGUGAUGAUAUGGGGGCUCUCCACCGAAAUUUGCUUUACCAUACAGAGGUUAGGUGGUUAUCGAAAGGCAAAGUACUGACCAGAGUUAUGGAACUUCGCGCUGAACUAUUAGUAUAUUUACAGCAAGCCAAGUCACAUUACUCUGAAUUCAUUUCUGACCCGGAAUUCCUUUUGAAACUGGCUUUUCUUUCGGACUUAUUUGAGCAUUUAAAUAACUUGAAUAAAAGUCUUCAAGGGCGGGAUGAAAAUGUCAUUACAGCAAAAGACAAACUCCAUGCCUUUAUCAAAAAAAUUGAAUUCUGGUCAUCAUCUAUAAAUCAAAACAACUUUGAUUCAUUUUCGUCGACACAGUCUUUCAUUGAAGAAGUCGGAAGCGAGAUAAACAUCAAUUCAUAUAUAUCUGGUAUGAAAAUGGUGUUAGAUAAUUUGAAGAAAGAAUUAUGUCAUUACUUCUCAGUGCAAGAGAUAUCGGAUAGCACUGGGCAAAGAUGGAUCUUAAAUCCGUUUUUAAAUGCAGCUAUAAAUGAGGCGAAUUUAGCAACUAAGCUCAAAGAGAAUCUGCCGAUGGGAUGUUACAAUUGGAAUUCAAGUCUGAAAAUUUGGAUACCUUUUGGUUAA